UAUAAGCUCCUAAUCCGCAUACAACACGAGAAAAUUUAGUUUUACAUGCAGGAAGCUGGCUGGAUACAUUUUCCGCAAGUGAUAAACGAUUUAUUUAUAAGUAUGUGCGUAAUUUUGAUACUAUAAAUAAUGAAUGAGAGUCUUAAAGACUGGGGAGUUUUAGCUUAUCAUUAUACACUGGUACGUUUAAAAGGUGCAAUGAAUUCUUCGUGUAAGAAAGAUCAAAAUGUAACAAGAGAUAGUGUUAUACAGGAUGCAAAAACGUUAUGUUCUGAGUACAUUGACGAUCGCCUUAUCAGGUCAGGACUAAAUUUAAAGCAAAGGAAAAUAACUCCCGCUUCAUCAUUAACGAGAGACGAGGACAUGGUAAGUCGUAGUAUAAAUUUAUCAACGAAGUCCUCCGAAAGACAGGUAUCUUCAGAAGCUAUUCAAAUGUUGACUGAAAAACGUUUCGCUUCCGGAGGAUGCGCUUUAACAAUUGAUGAUUUAUCAAAAGUUCUUCUUUACAUUGGCGAAGUAUUGGAGUUUCGACAUGCCAGUGUGUAUACAGAUGUUCUACAACAAUUAAAUAUUCGAUCUCUUGGAGAAGUAAAUUUACGUCGGGUUUAUAUGAAUGUCGGAAAAGAAAUUUUUGCGAAAGGAGUAGAUUGGGCUAAAGUGGUCUCCUUAUUUGCAUUUGCUGGUGCAUUGGCUGUAGAUUGUGUUUUAUGUGGCUCUUCUGUUUACAUUCCGCGAAUUAAAAACUGGUCUGUGGAAUAUGUGGAAAACGAAUUAACAGACUGGAUAGUGGAACAGGGAGGUUGGAUUGGACUGUUUGAUUACUUCACAGCACAGCAGAAAACAUCCAGAACAUCGAGUUACUUAAUCUGGACAUCGUCAGCCAUCGUGUUACUCGUUAGUGUCGUCUUGGCUGCUACGCUAGCUAUCAAUUUUAGAACGCCGUAAAUACACGUUGUUUUUUUUAUAAGAAAACUGUUUGUUUUUUAACCUAGCCUUAUUUUCCUAGAAAAUGCCUAAAUAUAGGCUAAAA